CUCCGACGUCACUUCCUUUCACGUUUUCUACGGCUACACAGCGGAGGGGCCACGGGCUAAGCAGCCGAGAUGAGGGUCGAGAAGUGUUACUUCUGCUCGGCGCCCAUCUACCCGGGACACGGCAUGAUGUUUGUGAGGAACGACUGCAAGCAAUUUCGAUUCUGGUCAAAAUGUCACAAAAACUUCAAGAAGAAGAGAAAUCCCAGAAAGAUCAGAUGGACAAAAGCAUUCAGAAAGGCAGCUGGUAAGAAACAUGAUCUAUCAGUUGCUUUAAAAAAUGUUUCCUUGCAGGAUAAUGCUUUUGAAUUUGAAAAAAGAAGAAACGAACCUGUCAAGUACCAGAGGGAGUUGUGGAGCAAGAGUGUUGAUGCAAUGAAGAGAGUAGAAGAGAUCAAGCGGAAGCGGCAGGCGCGGUUUAUCAUGAACAGAUUGAAAAAGGGCAAAGAAUUGGAGAAAGCCCAGGACAUCAAAGAAGUCAAACAAAACAUACAUCUUAUCCGGGCUCCUCAUGCUGGAAAAGCCAAAAAAUUGGAAGACAAAAUGGUUCAGAAAUUACAGGAGGAUUUGGAUAUGGAAGAAUCAUAGAAGUGGAUAUAAACCUCUAUUUAUAUUGUCACUGCAGUGUGCUUCUAUGGGGGAACAUUUGUACAGCAUUUCAGAACAGUCCAAACCGCAUUUAUGAAGCAAGACUGUGUGAUUGGUCUGCAAAAUAAAUUUUUAUUUACUCUUGGCUCAUA